ACGUCAUUGGUGCCAUCAAGACACCCGACGCCCUUCGCUGGAUUGCUCUAGCGGUGCAACCUCGCAUGGUGGCAGCGCUCCAGUCAUGGCCUCAGAAGGGUAAAAUCAAAACAUACAAUGAAGUGAAAAAGCUGACAUGUGAGAAUAUUGGAAAAUUGUUUGCAAGCUUAGAAAAAGGGCCUACACUAGAUACCAUGAAAAGUUUGUAUGAGGGGGUUAUGCAAGGAAUCAGGGCUAUGCCACUGAAAUUUCCGGGAACAGCCUUUCACCACGCCUUUCAGGUUGGAUCAAAACGCCAUGUUGUGGAAGAAACAAUAAGAAUGGCAAACAUUGUUGUAUUUGUUUUUAGAUUAGUUUCAAAAGAGGUUGAAUUUCAAGGUUAUAAAAUACCGAAGAACCGGAAAGUCAUUCUGUGGCUUCGAUAUCUCCACAUGAAUCCAGAAACCUUUGAGGAUCCUCUGUGCUUUGAUCCUGAGAGAUGGAAUGAGCCAAUGAAGCCAGUUGUUUUUAUGGCUUUUGGUGGUGGGGUUAGAAUCUGUGCUGGAAACAUGCUUGCUCGGAUGCAACUUGUGUUCUUUCUUCGCCAUUUAUCAGCUGGAUACAAGUGGGAACUACUUAAUCCAGCUGCAGAGAUGCCUUAUCUCCCAAAUCCAAGGCCAGUUGACGGAGUUGAGGUUUCGAUCAGUGCAAUCUAGAAAGCUUGUUUAAUGUAGUGAUUAAACGUUUUGGUUGAAUGCAACAAUGUAAGAUAUAAGAUUAAUGACUCCUUUUGUUUCUGUCAUUUUUGUUUCUUGGAUUUUUAAUAUAUGGUACAUGAGUUAGGGACUCCUUGAAGUAGGAAAUGAUAAGGUCUUUGUUCUGGAAUUCUGGUUGUUGAAUUACUACUUUGUUCUAUACCCUCCUUGUAACAUUCUCUUCCUUUGUAUUUCAUCAGAAAUUCUUCUCUAUAUAAUAUGGUAUUAGAGUCUUUUGCAUCUCAAACACUUCUGAAAUUUUAGCUUGAAAAUGUCAUUUUCCGUUUUACUUUCAAGUUGUAAAUUUUCUUUUAUUUUUCCUUUCUGUUAGUGGGAAAGAAUUUGAGAAAGGAAAGGAUUAUCAAUCACAUUAUCCAAUGGUUGGUGAGGAUCAAUAUGAUGCACAUUGGCUGCAGGCUUACUAUCUUUCUGCAUCAUCUCAUCAGUGUGGGCUGAAAGUGAAUAAAAAGCUUCUUACUUU